AUGGGCCACAAGGUGAAGUACCACACUGUGCAAGAGAGGCUCACUGCAAAGCAUGAGCAGCAAAGGGCGUACGCCGCAUCGCAGAGUCCCCCAGAUUUCCCAGAACAGCAGGAUGACGUUGGCUUAUUUGAGGACGUUGGCUUGUUUGACGAUCCAGAUAGUGAUGUCGACAAAGUUGUGCGUGCUCUGCAUGCGACGCAAUUUCAUUUGUAUGUGGAUGCAGCAUACAUGCAACUGGAUCGACGACUGAAGGCCCCAGAGAUGGACUAA